AUGUCUAAAAUAAACCUCGAGAAUAUCAAAGAAAAUGAAUGGCUAAAUUCUGCUAUAAAAGAAAAUCAAAUUAGGUUGUUUGACUUUAAAAGCUUUGAAAUAAUAAGUCCUAUUGGCAGGGGUGCAUUUGGUGAAGUUUUUAAAGCAAAGUGGUUAAAUAAUGAUCCAUCUGAGGUUGCUUUAAAGAGCCUUUAUUUUAAAGAAGAAACAAGCAAAAGCUUUAUUAAAGAAUUACAAGAAUAUUCUUCGGGUACUCUCGAUUCUGGCUAUAGCGAUUCUCACAAUGAUUUUGAUGAACAUUCGCAAAAUUUAUUGAUUCGGCUUGAAAUAACGACAUCUUUGAUUAAUGAAUUAUUGGAUUUAUUUUACAAGAUGCUCAGCUCUUGUGACAAUUUAUUUAAAAUUUCUGUUGAACUAAAUUCAUAUCUUGAGAAAAAUGCUCAAAACAUUUCUGAAAUAAUAGAGUAUCUAAAAAGUCCGCAAGCGGAUGUUAGAAAUAAAAAUCUUUUAGGAUUUUUUUAUUAUUAUGGAGUUAAACUCGACCAGGAUUAUAAACUAGCCUUAGAAAUUUUUCAAACAUCAGCCCAAAAAGAUCCUUUUUCACAAUAUUUGCUUGGAUCUAGCUAUCUUGAUUUAAAAGAUUAUAAAGAAGCUUAUUACUGGACGAGAAGAUCAGCCGAAAAUCAUAAUAAUAUAGGACAAUGUGCAUUAGG